AUGAAAUUCUCUCAACUAGCAAAAGUCCUUCUCCUUGUCGUCUCAAUUGGCCUUGGAGAAGCAGCACCUGCCAGGGCCGAAUCUCUAACUCUGAUGCCCUCCCUGGGCUCCAAAUUGGAAUCCUCCAGAUUCACGAUGCCAGUCAACCGGACUUUACUUGCUGAAAACUUCAGAAACGCCGUUGCACUGACGGGUACCGGAGAAUCAUUCUCUGCUGAGCCUCAAGAAUUGCUCAAGGGACGAGUCGAAACUUUCGUUGCUGGAAAAUCCCCAGCAAGGUCGCGACUCGAGAACGAAGUCGAAGAGGACAGCGCAAGAAUUGAUUUCAGAUGUAUCCUCAAGUGCAAGUCUGAUGGAUCCAUGACUGAUGUGACUGGCGAGAUCUAUGAGGCAAGUUUCAAAGAAGGCUUUGCUCCAUUGAGCUAUUACAAGGGAUACCUAGAUUACGUCUCGGGCAAGACUGGCGUGGUGGAACCGAAAAAUUGGUUCCUGGAGUGGAGGGCAGCGUAUUAA